AUGUUUUCAGAAAAACCAUAAAAGCCUUAUUUCGUUCAGUAAUCUACAUUUGGACAAAGUCAUUAUUAAUAAGUUGGGCCUGGCUAUGAAAGCUUUGACUAUUAAUCUAGUUAAACUAAUUACAACUAGAUUCAUAAUUUUGGCUAAAAAAGAGUAGGGGCUCCACCAUACAUUCCUUAUCAACCCAUGCCUUACAACCAGCAAUAUCAUAAGUAGCAAUAAUAAGUUGACGAGACUUAGAAUCUUAUUAAGAGGCAAAAGUUAUUCGUCCCCCUCACCCUUAGAAUGGUGACUGCUUGUGAUCCAAGAAUGGAUGAUCACUGUGAGUAUGAAGGUGAAAUAAUAUCAGACAUUGAAAUAAUCGGCAGAAUACUACAGAAGAUAAAUGAUACUUAGAGAGUCAUUUUAGAGAUAAAUGAUGGUACUAGCACUUAAAAGGUCCUAUUCUAUCAUAAAAAUGAAAAUGAGGAGCCGCCGAUAUUCAGAAACCUGCACUACUAGUAAUUCAUGUAUGUGAAGAUAUAUGGCACGAUUAGAGUCUUUAGAGACGAAAAGGCAAUUAUUGGCUCUUAUAUUAAGAGAAUAGACCACUAUGAUGAAGUCACUAAUCACUUCUUAAGAGUAUUUACUAAGUAAGAAAUUAGAAAGCAUGGACCCUUAAAGUCAAAAGAUCUUUAAAUCGAUAAAUUAAGCGCAUCAGCACUAGCUUUAGAAAUGAAUCAGCCUGCAUAUACUAGCUCUAUCAAAGAAAAUACAAGUGAGACUAAUAAUUAUUAAGAUUUCAAGAGUAAUCAUUAAUAGGCCAAUAACCAAAUUGAGUUGAGUCAAAGAAGCAAUUACUAGCAUCCCUAAUUCAAUUAGUCUAAUUAACAGUAAUAAUAAAAUAAAAACUAUAACUAUAGUCAGAAUAAUUAAACUUGGAAGGAAAGUGCAAAAUAUUAGUAGCAACAGCAGUAUCAGUAAUAUAAAGACAACCAAAGUAGUAGCAAUUACCAAAGCUCUGGAAACAAUUAAAUUAUCAAUGCCAACUAGAAUAAGAACUACAAUAAUUAUAAAAGUAGAUCUCCGUUUCAAAAUAGAUUCUCAAUGACUGACUAGUAUUAAUACUCGAACUUAAAGAACCCUAAUACAAGUAGCACUUAUAACAAUUAUACUAACUACAUUCAAAAUCAAUAGUAGACCAAUGGAGAAAAUUUCAACCCAAAUAACUCAAGGAAUAAUUUCAACUAAAACUCGAAUCCAACACUUGGCAUAAACAAAUCAUAAAAUUAAAAUGCAGUAGUUAAUCCUAGUCUCAAUUAAAAUAACAAGCAACAACCACCUUCUAGUAAUCAUUCAAAUAAAAGCAGCAGUAACUAUUCUAGCUAAAAUAGCUUUUAUCCUCCUAACAAAUAACUUCAUUAAUCUCAGAGUAAUAAUUAAAAUUUCUAUACUGAAAGUGCUUAAAACCAGGCAAGUCAGUAUCAAUAGUACAUUUAAGAAUAGCAAAACUAGCAGAUAAGUAAUUUUUAGAGAGCAGAAGAAGAAAAAAAAUAAAAGAUUCUUCAGGAAAUAUACACUUUAUCUAAGAAAAAUAAAGUUAUUAAGCUACAUGAGAUUUAGCUGGUAACUUCUGAAAUUUGUGAUUAAUAAUCAUUAGAUUAUGUUUUGCAAAAAUUAGUGAGUUUAAAUCGAAUAAAAUGUGAUAUUUCAGGCAACUAGUUCUACUUAGCCUGA